AUGGACCCAAGCUACAAGGCACGAAAAGAGGCAUUCGUGUCCAAUCUCUCAGGAAGCAGCAUUUCAGACAUCAAUCUGAUUUCAUUGGUCGUUCCGACCUCUGUUCUCCUUUGGUCUGCCCUGCAGUCCCGGCUGUCUUUCUUCACGCCAUACGGGCCCGCGGCACUCGUGACGGACUUUCUACUUAAUGUGCUAGUUGUAUUAUUCGCGACAACAGCCUAUUCCUCAGCACCACUCCUUCUUAAUAUUCUUCUUGCUACCCCGGCCGUUUUACUUUUCCUCACACAACCCCGCAUACGCUCGCCGCAAAAAGCGAAACCUCCCCGCAAACAAGUCGUGCAGAAUGACCGCUCCCAAGAACAGGCAGAGCCACUGCCAAUCCAUCCAUUCUUGACUGCCUAUCGAUCAGCAAUGAUGGUAAUUACCUGUAUCGCCAUUCUCGCCGUUGAUUUCCGCGUCUUCCCACGCCGCUUGGCUAAGGUCGAAAACUGGGGAACCUCUUUGAUGGAUAUGGGCGUUGGCUCGUUUGUAUUCUCUGCUGGUGUUGUUUCGGCGCGUGCACUUUUGAAGUCUCGUGACUCUCGGUCCCCUAAGACGGUGGUGCAGAGACUAGUCGGCUCUAUACGUCAUUCUGUCCCUUUGCUCGUGCUAGGCUUGAUCCGCUUGUGGAGUGUGAAGGGGCUGGAUUACGCAGAGCACGUUACCGAGUAUGGAGUUCAUUGGAACUUUUUCUUCACACUAGGCUUUCUCCCUCCUUUUGUGGAAAUUUUCGACCUCAUGACUGUUUUCAUUCCUUGGCAUGAGGCGUUGGCCAUUGGCAUCGCAGUCCUCUACCAGGUGGCUCUCGAGUCGACUAAUCUCAAGGAAUACAUCCUCAUCUCUCCCCGCGGAGCUGAUUUGCUUUCCAAAAACCGCGAGGGAAUUUUCUCUUUCCUCGGGUACUUAGCCAUCUUUCUCGCGGGGCGCGGCGUGGGAGCUCGUAUAAUCACUCGCGAAAACCGGAAAUCAGUGUUGCAACGUAUAGGUUUACAGACAUUGUUCUGGAUAACCUUGUUCUUUUUCAACUCUACCUACGCAUUUGGCUAUGGCGCAAAUAUCCCAGUUUCUCGUCGCCUUGCCAAUAUGCCGUAUGUCCUAUGGGUGGCAGCCUUCAAUAGUGCACAGCUCUUUCUGUUCUGUCUGAUCGAGACUGUUUUCUUCCCGGCUAUCAACCGUGCCACCAGCAAAGGGGGCAGAGACGAGCAAACAUCCUUCGCGACAAGCCCUAUCUUACAUGCCUUCAAUCAUGGCGGCCUGGCAAUUUUCCUGAUUGCAAAUCUUUUGACCGGUGCAGUCAAUUUGAGUAUCCCUACUUUGGAUAUUGGCGCACCACAGGCAAUGGCAAUACUGGUGAUCUAUGCCGCUAUAUUGACAGGUAUUGCACUGUUCAUGGUUAAGGCCAAUAUCAAGUUGCGCCUGUAG